UAGACACAGAAUCACGAGAUGGCAUUUCCGUCACUUGAAAUCUGCCUAAUUCCUCUUUAACUGCCCAACAGGCAACAACCAACUCUCUCUCUCUCUCUCUCUCUCUCUCUCUCUCUCUCUCUACCUAUUCACCCACCGUUCUCUGUUUCUCCCCUUUUUUCCCGCCCAAAAAACUCAACUCCUCGCCGGAAACAACCACCAUAGAAGAAGGCGGCGGCCGCGUUAUCUUCAAUUCUAAGUUUGAGGAUGCAAAAUCGGAUAUAUUUCGCUAUUAUAAUUUUUUUAAGGGAUUCUUUUUAAAUAAAAAUCCGGGUGGUGGUGUGAUGGCAGGGGAAUCUCGGAAGUGGAUGAUUCUGGUGGCGACGAUAUGGAUCCAGGCGUUUACGGGGACCAACUUCGACUUCUCGGCCUACUCAUCGACGAUGAAGUCGGUUCUGGGGAUUUCUCAGGUGCAGCUCAACUACCUUGCGGUGGCGUCGGACCUCGGGAAGGCAUUCGGGUGGUCCUCCGGCCUUGCCUCCAAAUGCCUACCCUUGUGGGUGGUUAUGUUCAUUUCCGCUUUCAUGGGUCUUUUCGGUUACGGCCUCCAGUGGCUUGUUAUUCGGAAUGUCAUUGCCUUGCCUUAUUUCGUGGUAUUUCUCCUCUGCUUACUAUCCGGAUGCAGCAUAUGCUGGUUCAACACUGUCUGCUUCGUCCUCUGCAACCGAAACUUCCCUUCCAACCGCCCGCUAGCCAUCUCCCUCACCGUCAGCUUCAACGGCGUCAGCGCCGCCCUAUAUGCCCUUGCUGCCAAUGCAGUCGACUCCUCCUCCACCCCCUUGUACCUCCUCCUCAACUCCCUAAUCCCCCUCAUCACCUCCCUCUUCGCCCUCAUCCCGAUCCUCCGCCAACCCCCACUCUCUCCCCUCCCUGUCGAUGCCGUCCGCCGCGACUCCCUCAUCUUCCUCCUCCUCAACCUCAUUGCUGUCAUCACCGGUCUCUACCUCCUCCUCCUCCCCUCCUCCACCUCCUCAACAAACUCCCGCCUCCUCUUCAGCGGAGCCUUAUUCCUCCUAAUCCUCCCCUUAUUCAUCCCAGGCAUCAUCUACGGCCGCAAUUGGUUCCGUCGCGCAAUCCAUUCCCAUAUCCAACGGUCAUCGGGAUUCCUUCUCGUAGACAUCGAAGAUCUCGAGCUUCACAAAGAGCUCAUCAGUCGCGAAACGAGUAGCUUACGGUUAGGAAACGCCGGUGAUGUGGGAGUAACCGGAGGAGGGAUAAUAUCGAAUCAUGUGAUAACAGGGGAGAGGGUACUUUUGGGGAGAGAUUCGAUUGUGAUGUUGGGGGAAGAACAUGACAUUGGGAUGCUGUUGAGGAGAUUGGAUUUCUGGUUGUAUUUUUUGGCGUACUUUUGUGGAGGAACAAUUGGGUUGGUUUACAGUAAUAGUUUAGGGCAGAUUGCGCAGUCUCUUGGGCAUGGACCGGAGACGUCGACCUUGAUCACGUUGUAUUCGUCGUUCUCGUUCUUCGGGAGGUUGCUUUCCGCUGCUCCGGACUUCAUGCGUGUGAAGAUCUAUUUUGCGAGGACGGGGUGGCUAGCCAUCGCCCUCAUCCCCACCCCGAUCGCCUUCUUCAUGCUAGCAGUCUCUGGCACGGCGAGAGCCCUCCGUGCAGGGACAGCUCUCAUUGGCCUGAGCUCCGGCUUCAUAUUUGCUGCUGCAGUCUCCGUAACCUCAGAGCUGUUCGGACCAAACAGUGUUGGCGUCAACCACAACAUCCUCAUUACCAACAUCCCCAUUGGGUCGCUAGUCUACGGCCUCCUAGCAUCGCUCAUCUACGAUGCCAACGCAGCCCCAAGCGGAAUGAUGACCGAGUCGGUCGUGUGCAUGGGUCGACAGUGCUAUUUCUUGACGUUUGUUGGCUGGGGGUGUAUAUCUAUCGUGGGACUGGCGUCAAGUGUGUUGCUGUUUUUGAGAACUCAGCCUGCAUAUGACCGGUAUGAGAAGAACCGGAGCUCUACACAGCAAUAUUGAUGUCUAACGAGGGAUAGUAGGGUACAUGACAAGAAAACAUGAAAGUAUCCAUGAAACUGAAAUGAACGGUACACUUUUGAUGUCUAACUGUAUCAACGAAAAAAGUGAUUUGAUCCAAGUGAACAGUAAAGAGGCAUGAAUUGUAUAGAAUCGUUUGUGUUUACGCAGUA